UCAACACUUGUGGUUUAUAUAAACUUAUAACCAUGUAUCAUGUAUUACAUGUAGUUCUUAUCGAGUUAUGUCGUCAUCUCCCAAUGGAAACGAAUCCAACCAUUAUCUGGCUAAACCAACUUUUGAAUCUGUAAGUCAUGACCUCAACACCCGUGAAUGGGAUGACCUUAUAGAAAAAUCAGAUAUUAGCAGUCAGUCUCUGCCAACAGAAGACGUGGAACCUAUCCAGCCUCUGCCACCAAUUCAAUUUAUGACACAUACCUCCAAAACAAAGCGGCCUGUCACAGAGGAUUACAUGGUUCAAUGUGCCGAUUGUAAGAAAUGGAGGCUCAUACCUUCGAUGCAACACUACAAAACAAUCAAAGAAACACAACUUCAAACCCCCUUUGUCUGCGAGAGAGCAUGUGCUUGGACGCCAAACAUGUCUUGUAAUGUUCCUCAAGAUGGAACAACAUGUGAUACAUGGUCUAACAUCCCUCCCAUACCCACCGGCUGGUCACGCUCGGUGUAUAUUAGAAGUGAUUCCACAAAAUUUGCAGACGUAUAUUAUUUUCCUCCAUCAGGAGAGAGGCUACGAUCAUCAGCUGAUGUCCGAAGUUUCUUGGACAACCACCCAGAAUAUGUGAGAGCAGGGGUGAAUCCUUCUCAGUUCUCAUUUCAGUUGCCGAAACCCCUGGACGAGAACUAUGUGAAGAAGCGCACUCGACCAGUGAAACCAACAAAAUCGUCAAAGGAUAACAAUUGUAAAAAGGACAAAAAAUGAAACUUUAGUCAUUAUUUCAUAGACAAAUAUAGUCUAUGAGGACAAAAAUUAAGU